GAUAUUCAGCUGCGGAUGUUGAAGAUGGACGCUGGAUUUCAAAAUAAGAGAUGAACGUUAGGUGCAGUACUUAGGAAAAGAUGUCAGGAUUUUUAGAUUCCCCAGGAGGUGCUGGGUUUGAGAGGAGGUCAAGCUUCAAUGUUGGCGCUCCCGCUGCCCAGGGUUCCAGGGGUAGACGGAGAAGUACAAUGGGAAGUGUUCUAAUGAACACCGAAACAAUCAAAGAAAGACAGCAAAAAGCUCGAGACAUGAGGGAUGUGAGGCGGUCAAGACUACAACCUCCCCACAAAUAUGUGUUAACAAUAGUAGCUAACCACCUGAAACUGGACUAUGGGGCGGUCGAGGACUUUGUCCUGGAUUCUGAGAGAAAUCUUCAGGUGUUUGAAAUGUUUCUACAGAAGGAUGGAAGUAGAAGUUUGAAGUUUUACUAUCAAGACGGGUCAACGCCGGGCUUGGAAGAGUGUGGGCGAGUUGUACAAGGAGUACCUAAAGGCACUGUGGUGCCUCGGGUUCUGGUGACAAGUGGCACAGGAAACGCCCUGCAUGGCCAGUGUGUGUACUUCCUGCGCACCAAGACUGACAUCAAUCUCACCUCGAAAAACAUUGAUGAGGAGGUAACAUUUGGAGUGCUGGAUGUGUCUCAGGAACCAGGUGUGUUGUCUGCUUUUGAGAAUGUCAUGUCCAGUAUCUUCCAGCCAUCCUUGAAGCAGCUGGAGAACUGGGGAGACCUACAGACUACACCCCAGGGCAGGAAGUCCAAGAAGCUUUUCCUCGACAAUUUUGAAAACUUUUUGCAAUACCUUAGAAGUGCCCAGGCCAAUGCUGGGGAGGGUGUACACCUGGUCAAGUGUACCAGUGACAAGGUGAACCUGGCUGAGAUUGUAACUAUCAAUGACUGUAUUGAUGUGGCAGCCAACCCAGAGGUGGUGAGCGACAUGGAGGACCUCGCCAUGGCCUGGUGCAAACAGAUUGAACAGAUUUUAGCGGAAAGUGACCAGAUGAGGAAAGAGGCUGAUGACACCGGUCCCCUGGCCGAGCUUGACCAUUGGAGACAGCUGAUGGCAAGGUUUAAUGCCCUUUUGGAACAGAUCAAGAGCAACAGGUGUCGAAUGGUCAUCAACAUCAUCAACAUUGCAAGGUCUAAAGUACUAAAGAAAUGGAAAGAGCUGGACAAGAAGAUCACAGACAAUGCUAAUGAAGCCAAAGACAACGUGAAGUUCCUGUACACACUGGAGAAGUACUGUGAGCCACUGUAUCGAUGUGACCCGGUAUCAAUGACAGACUCCUUACCUGGUCUUGUCAAUGCUAUCCGUAUGAUCCACAGCAUUUCACGCUACUACAACACCUCUGAGAGGAUGACCUCCCUUUUCAUUAAGGUGACUAACCAGAUGGUGACAGCCUGCAAGAACUACAUCACAGACGAUGGUGUGAGUCGGAUCUGGGACCAGCCCCGUCAGCCUCUCAUAGAGAAGCUGGAGAACUCGGUCUCCCUUUUUAGAAACUACCAGGCAAUUUUUCAACGCACCAAGAAAAAGAUUGAAGCCACACCUGGCGAGAAGCCAUUUGAGUUCUCAGAGAUGUACAUUUUUGGGAAAUUUGAGACUUUCUGCAAACGUUUAGAAAAGAUUAUCACCCUGCUGAACUCGGUCCAAGCGUUUUCAGCCCUCUCCGAGUCUAAGAUUGAGGGCAUUGAGUUAUACUCGUCAAGAUUCCUUCAGAUUUAUUCCAGCUUGAGGAAAAAGCCAUAUGACAUUCUGGAUCAUCGAAAACUGGACUUUGACAAUGACUUUGAUGACUUCAAAAGACAACUUGGAGAUCUAGAGUCUGGAAUUCAGAAGUUCAUGGAAGGAUCUUUCUCUAAGAUAACUUCUGCUUCCCAAGCUCUAACUCUCCUAACAAGAUUUGAGAGUCUCGAGUUGCCACGACUGAAGAUAGAAGAGAAAUAUACGACUAUAAUGGUGCAGUAUGGAGGAGAGAUAGAGGAAAUCAGAAAGCUGUACAUGAAGUGCAAGGAGGACCCGCCCAUCCCAAGGAACAUGCCUCCAGUGUCGGGCAAGAUCACUUGGGCCAGACAGCUAUCACAGAGGAUAGAGGUUCCCAUGAAUAUCUUUGCAAAGCGGGCAAGUUGUUUGAAGUCAGACGAUGCCAAACGAAUUAUUCGUAACUACAACCGGAUGAUGCGAGUACUUCUAGAGUACGAGAUGCUAUAUCACGAGGCCUGGAAAAAGUCUGUGGGUGUUGCUACGAAAUUCCUACAAGCUCCAGUGCUAGUGCGACAUCCCUUAAAGCAAGGAUUGCUGCUAGUCAACUUUGACCCCUACAUAUUUGAGGUGAUAAAGGAGGCUGAGUACAUGAUGAAGCUGGAUCUGGAGAUCCCCAAGGCAGCCAUAAUAUUGGUCCACUCAAAGGACACCCUCACAGCUCACAACAACAGACUCCAGAUGCUUCUUGAUGAAAACAACAACUUGAGAGCAGAUAUUCCACCCAUAUUUGUGACUCUCCUGAGACCUUCAUUGAAAAAGGUGGAUGUGGCGAUGCGACCAGGGUUGGUGAACCACACCUGGACGUCUCUCAGUCUCCCAAUCUACUUUGAUAUUGUGUCUAAUGCUCUCAAUGACCUGGGAAUAGUUGUCAAACAGGUGAAUGACAUCAAAGAGACGAGGAUUGACAGCAUGCUUCACGAGAUCAGCGAGACCUUGCUGUGUGACCUCCCUGAGCGUUCUCCCUGGACCGUCAGCCAAUUCCUCAAAAAGAUGGAGGGGUAUUGUAAAGACAUGGGACAGCAAAUCAACAAGAUUAGUCACGUAAUUGAGGAUGCAGUGGCUGAGUUGAUACGGAUCUUCUUACACAGAGCCCAGUUGGGACAGAGCAUCGUAGAAGGGGAGCCAAGUGUAGAGGCUGGCAUGGAUGUGCUGACCAUCUUUGUUGGGACCGAUGAAGGUUCUGAUGUUCAGAGUGUUGAUGACAAUGUCAGUGACAUGUCUGAUGAGCAAAACAUUCGUGAGGCAUGCGACGAGUUAAAGGAUUCCUUCAACCACAGACUUGUUGAGGCUCUGCUCAAAGCCUCGCGACACUCACUAGAUGUGAUGAGACGACGCUUCUUCUCUGGAGGAAGAAGGCACGGUAUGAUGCACUUUGAUGAAAGUGUGGGUGGUUCGAGCACUGGUAGCAGAAAAGUUCCAUUCUUCACUGCUAACAUCACCUUGUCCAUCCCUCAUGUGGUGAUGCAACCGGGGUUGGAGGAUAUCCAGCAGGCCCUGAACAGGGCCACACAGAUGGUGGUGGACAUCAGUAAGGAUGUGUACCAGUGGGGACAGGACCGCACACGCCAGUUCCCAUCAGAUCACAAGGAAAACACCUCUUUUCAUCAUCAUGAUCCAUUGGCUUACACGAUAAAGCUUCUGCCUCCUGUGCCUCUAAAACACUACCACAAAAGUAUUGCAGACAACAAGGACGUGUCAAAAUAUGUGAUGAUGAUGUCGUCUGCACUUAGCACACUGAAAGCUGACAUCAUGGAAGCACUACAGAGAUACUCCGACUACGCCUUUCUGUGGGAGAAAGAUCGAGAGGAGGCUGUAACAGAGUUUAUUGCAGAAGAUCCCAUCUUGUCCGAGUACAAGACAAAGGUAGCUAUGUUUAAGAAACUAGAGGACAACAUUGAAGACAUCCAAACUUCAGAAAAAGUUGGGGCGAUAGAACUAUUCACAGAGCCUCUUAAGCUGGCCCUGAGAGUGGAAAUCAAGGCAUGGAAGCUGUUGUUUGGGAAAGAACUUAACAGGAAAUAUCGCAAUAAAAUGGAAGAGGUCUGCAACUUCAUAGAAGACUACAGCAAACGCUUGGCUCGUCCAAUCCGAGAUCUUGAGGAUGUACGAGAGGCUAUGGCUGCUCUUACUGACAUCAGAGAAAACACCAUACAGAUAGACAUGACACUCGGCCCAGUGGAGGAAUCCUAUGCUAUGCUGCAAGAUUUUGGGGUCACCAUUCCAAAGGAAGAGACAGACAAAGUUGACUCAGUCAGAUAUUCCUUCCACAAACUCAUCUCCAGCUCAAAUCAGAUUCAAGAUGAGCUUGUCAGUGUUCAGCCUGGCUUCAAGAGUGAGCUACUCACUUCUGUGGAGGUCUUCCAUAAAGAUGUUUCCGAUUUUGGACUCAAUUAUGACACUGAAGGACCCAUGUGUGAAGGCAUUACUCCAACUGAAGCCAAUGACAGAUUGCAGGCAUUCCAGAGCCACUUUGAUGAGCUGUACAACAAGUAUGGUAUUUACAGUGCUGGAGAGCAGCUUUUUGGCCUGACGGUGACAGAGUACCCGAGUCUCAUGAGGAUCCGUAAGGAGCUCGGCCUGCUACAGAAGCUGUAUGGCCUGUACAGUACCGUGAUGACUGUCAUCAGCGGCUACUUUGACAUCCUGUGGACAGAGGUCGACAUUGAUAAGAUCAAUGGAGAAUUGGGUGAUCUUCAGAACAGAUGUCGUCGACUGCCUAAGGCAUUGAAGGAAUGGCAGGCAUUUCUGGAGUUAAAGAAAAAGAUUGAUGACUUCAGUGAGUCUUGUCCUCUGCUAGAACUCAUGUCCAACAAGGCAAUGAAGGAGCGCCACUGGGACCGCAUUGCUAAGAUGACUGGACACACCUUUGACUUUGACUCAGAAAACUUUACACUCAGGGACAUUAUGAAAGCACCUCUUCUCAAGUACAAGGAGGAUAUUGAGGAUGUGUGUAUCUCUGCUGUGAAAGAAAAAGACAUAGAAGCCAAACUCAGUGUUGUCAUUGCUGAUUGGAACGGGCGAUUACUGAGCUACUCCAACUUCAAGGCUCGCGGAGAGCUAUUGCUGAAGGGAGUGGAGACUGCUGAGAUCAUCGCCAUGCUGGAGGACAGCCUUAUGAUCCUCAGCUCCCUCCUCAGCAACAGGUACAAUGCCCCGUUUAAGAAGACCAUACAGGAAUGGGUGGCAAAGCUGUCCAAUACUAACGACAUUCUGGAGAACUGGCUGAUUGUACAGAACCUGUGGGUGUACCUAGAGGCUGUGUUUGUGGGUGGGGAUAUUGCCAAACAGCUCCCUCAGGAAGCCAAACGAUUCCAGAACAUUGACAAAUCCUGGGUGAAGAUCAUGCAGCGUGCCCAUGAAGUCACUAAUGUGGUGCAGUGCUGUGUUGGUGACGAGACUCUAGGUCAGCUAUUACCUCAUCUGUUGGAACAAUUGGAGCUCUGUCAGAAAUCUCUCACUGGGUAUUUGGAGAAAAAGAGAUUAGUAUUCCCGAGAUUUUUCUUUAUUUCUGAUCCAGCCUUGCUGGAAAUCCUUGGACAGGCCAGCGAUUCUCACACAAUCCAGGCUCAUUUGCUGGGGAUAUUUGAGAAUGUCAAUGAGGUCCAGUUCCAUGAGAAGGAUUAUGACAGAAUGAUGGCCGUCAUUUCCAGAGAAGGAGAAAAGAUUAUGUUGGAGACUGAGAUUAGUGCUAAGGGGAAUGUGGAGAUGUGGCUGGGAGAGCUACUGUACCAACAACAGAGGUCACUACAUGGCGUCAUCAGGGACGCUUUCCGUAACAUCGACACACCCGAGUUUGAACUACUGGGAUUCCUUGCUAACUUUCCUGCUCAGGUUGGAUUACUAGGCAUCCAGAUGAUAUGGACCAGAGAUGCAGAGAUAGCGUUACAGCACGCUCGCAGUGACAAAAAGAUAAUGCUAACGACCAACCAGCGCUUCCUGGACAUGCUCAAUAAGCUGAUUGAGCAGACAACUCACGACCUCACCAAGGUGGAAAGAAUCAAGUACGAGACACUUGUCACAAUUCAUGUCCAUCAGCGUGACAUAUUUGAUGACCUGACAAGGAUGCACAUCAAGUCGGUGACAGACUUUGAGUGGUUGAAGCAAGCCAGGUUUUACUUCAAGGAGGACACAGACCAGUGUAUAGUCCAGAUCACUGAUGUAGACUUCAUCUAUCAAAAUGAGUUCCUUGGCUGUACAGACAGACUGGUCAUCACCCCACUUACUGACAGGUGUUAUAUCACACUGGCCCAGGCUUUGGGAAUGUCCAUGGGUGGAGCACCUGCUGGACCUGCUGGGACAGGGAAAACAGAGACCACAAAAGACAUGGGCAAGGCUCUGGGCAAAUAUGUUGUCGUCUUCAACUGCUCUGAUCAGAUGGACUUCAGAGGUCUUGGCCGAAUCUACAAAGGUCUUGCCCAGUCUGGAUCCUGGGGAUGUUUUGACGAGUUCAACAGAAUUGAGUUGCCUGUAUUGUCUGUGGCUGCACAGCAGAUCUACAUUGUGCUGGUUGCUAAGAAAGAGAGAAAGAAGGAGUUCAUCUUCACCGAUGGAGAUAAUGUUAAUCUCAACCCAGAAUUUGGUCUCUUUAUUACCAUGAACCCUGGGUAUGCUGGUCGUCAGGAGCUACCAGAGAAUCUGAAGGUCCAGUUUAGGACAGUGGCUAUGAUGGUCCCUGACCGACAGAUCAUCAUGAGAGUCAAGUUAGCUAGCUGUGGUUUCCAGGAAAACAUCAUCCUGGCCCAGAAAUUCUACACGCUGUAUAAGCUGUGUGAGGAGCAGCUCUCCAAACAGGUGCAUUAUGACUUUGGUUUGAGGAAUAUCCUGUCUGUGUUGAGAACGCUUGGUGCCAACAAGAGAGCUCGGCCCAAUGACACGGAGAGUACCAUUGUGAUGAGAGUACUGAGGGACAUGAACCUUUCCAAACUGGUAGAUGAGGAUGAGCCAUUGUUCAUGAGCCUGAUUGCUGACUUGUUCCCUGGGAUCGUCCUGGACAGUGCCUCAUAUGCCGAAUUACAGGUUGCUAUAGGCAACCAGGUGGAGAAUGCUGGACUCGUCAACCAUCCUCCCUGGAAUCUGAAACUUGUCCAGCUGUUUGAGACCCAACGUGUACGUCAUGGUAUGAUGACCCUGGGACCCAGUGGUGCUGGCAAGACCUGCUGCAUCUACGUUCUGAUGAAGAGUAUGGCAGACUGUGGCACGCCUCACAGGGAGAUGAGGAUGAAUCCGAAGGCCAUUACGGCCCCACAGAUGUUUGGGCGUCUAGAUGUGGCGACCAAUGACUGGACAGACGGUAUCUUUUCCACACUCUGGAGGAGGACCCUGAAAGCCAAGAAAGGAGAGAAUGUUUGGCUGGUACUGGAUGGCCCUGUGGAUGCUAUCUGGAUUGAAAACUUAAACUCUGUGUUGGAUGACAAUAAGACCCUGACACUAGCUAACGGAGAUCGUAUUCCGAUGUCCCCUGCUUGUAAGAUUGUGUUUGAGGUGCACAAUAUCGACAAUGCGUCUCCAGCCACUGUCUCCAGGAACGGCAUGGUCUACAUGAGCUCGUCUGCUCUUGACUGGAGACCCAUUCUUCAGGGUUGGCUAAAGACACGGUCACCCCAGGAGAGUGAAGUACUGAUGAAUCUGUUUGACAAAAUCUUUGACGAUGUCUUCAACUUUGUCACCAAUAGUCUUGUCAAGAAGAUGGAUGUUCUGCAGUGUAAUCAGAUAAAGCAGGCCUGUGACUUACUGGAGGGCCUGAUCCCCAAGAGAGACGACAAGAGUGCUCUGCCUGCCUCCCACCUGGAGAAACUGUUCAUUUUUAGUCUAAUGUGGAGUCUGGGUGCCCUGUUGGAGCUUGAUGGACGUGCUAAGAUGGAAGAAUUUAUCACAAACCACGAGUGCUCCUUGAACCUUCCUCCCGUCAAGGAGGAUGAAACUAUCUUUGAAUAUGUCAUGAGUGUCAAAGGUGAUUGGGAGCACUGGUCAAAGAGAGUGGAGGAAUACAUCUACCCAACAGACUCUGUGCCGGAAUUUUCAUCCAUCCUUGUUCUAAAUGUGGACAAUGUCCGUUCAAACUUCCUUAUAGACACCAUUGCCAAACAGCACAAAGCGGUGCUGCUUAUCGGAGAACAAGGAACAGCCAAGACUGUGAUGAUCAAGGGCUACAUGGCUAAGUACGAUCCUGACCUUCACCUUGGCAAGAGCUUCAACUUUUCCUCUGCCUCCACUCCUAUGAUGUUCCAGCGAACCAUAGAGAGUUAUGUGGACAAGCGGAUGGGAAGUACCUAUGGCCCACCAGGGGGCAGGCGCAUGACUGUGUUUGUGGAUGAUGUCAAUAUGCCAGUCAUCAACGAAUGGGGAGACCAGAUAACCAACGAGAUCACACGUCAGAUGAUGGAGAUGCAUGGCAUGUACAGUCUGGACAAACCCGGUGAUUUUAUCUCCAUUGUCGACCUUCAAUUUGUGGGAGCUAUGAUCCACCCUGGUGGAGGCCGCAAUGACAUCCCACAGCGUCUCAAACGCAUGUUUUCUAUCUUCAACUGCACGCUGCCCUCCAACAACUCGAUAGACAAGAUCUUUGGCAUCAUAGGGUGUGGUUAUUUCUGCCCAGAGAGAUUUGAACCUGAAGUGUGUACCCUGACCAAGGAACUCAUACCAGCCACUCGCUCCCUGUGGCAAAUGACAAAGAUCAAGAUGUUGCCUACCCCUGCUAAGUUUCACUACAUCUUUAACCUGAGAGAUUUGUCGAGGAUCUGGCAGGGCAUGCUCACCAUCAAAGGGGAGGAAUGUCAAAACAUGAGCACUCUCCUUGCUCUUUGGAAACAUGAGUGCACGAGGGUCAUUGCUGACAGGUUCACCAACCAUGAGGAUAAGUCUUGGUUUGAGAACGCCACAGUGAGUGUGAUGAAAAACCUUCUGGGUGAGGAGUAUGCCGCUGUGUGUCCAGAGGAGCCCUACUUUGUGGACUUCUUAAGAGAGCCUCCAGAACCAACGGGAGAAGAGGCAGAUGAUGCUGUCCUUGAUGCUCCAAAGAUAUAUGAGGCAAUUCCGGGCUAUGAUUUCCUAAAUGAAAAGCUUCUAAGCUACAUGUCACAAUACAACGAAAUGGUCAGGGGCGCACACAUGGAUCUGGUCUUCUUCAAAGACGCCAUGGUCCACCUCAUCAAGAUUUCCCGCAUCAUACGUACCCCUCGAGGAGCAGCCCUGCUGGUUGGAGUUGGAGGCUCUGGUAAACAGUCCCUCACUCGCCUGGCUUCCUACAUUGCUAGCUACAAAAUCUUCCAGAUCACACUCACGAGGUCAUAUAAUGUCACUAACCUGAUGGAGGACCUUAAAUACCUGUAUCGUGUAGCAGGAUGCCAGGGUCAGGGCAUCACCUUCCUCUUCACUGACAACGAGAUCAAGGAUGAGUCCUUCCUCGAGUACCUCAACAAUGUACUCAGCUCCGGUGAGGUAUCUAACCUGUUUGCAAGAGAUGAGUUGGAUGAGAUAACCCAAGAGCUUAUUGGUGUGAUGAAGAAAGAAUAUCCUCGCCGAGCACCCACCCAGGAGACUCUCUACGACUACUUCAUCUCCCGCGCUCGCAGUAACCUUCACACUGUCCUCUGCUUCUCUCCUGUGGGAGAGAAGUUCCGUAACAGAUCUUUGAAAUUCCCUGGCCUGAUCUCCGGUUGUACCAUGGACUGGUUCAGCCGCUGGCCCAAAGACGCUCUGAUUGCUGUGUCGGGACAUUUCCUCAACAGUUUUGAUAUUGCUUGUACAAAGGAAAUAAAAUCCCAACUUGUCAACAGCAUGGGUUCUGUCCAUGACAAUGUCGCCUUGGUUUGUGUGGACUACUUCCAGAGGUAUCGGCGUCAGACACACGUGACACCCAAGUCUUACCUGUCUUUCCUGGAUGGCUACAAGAAUGUGUACAGUGGUCAGCACUCUGACAUUGCAGAGAUGGCACGGAGAAUGAACACUGGUCUGGAGAAACUGAUUGAGGCAAGCGCGUCAGUGGAUGCUCUGUCUAAGGAACUGGUCGUCAAAGAAAAGGAGCUGGCACAGGCUAAUAUUAGGGCAGACAAGGUGUUGGCGGACGUGACUGUGAGUGCCACAGCUGCUGAGAAAGUGAAGAGUGCUGUACAGAAAGUGAAGGAUCGUGCCCAGAAGAUCGUAGAUGAGAUAAACUCAGAGAAAUCUGUGGCUCAUGCUAAAUUGGCGGCUGCUAAACCUGCAUUACAGGAGGCAGAGAAUGCUCUUAAAACUAUCAAGCCUUCAGACAUUGCCACUGUGAAGAAGCUGGGAAAACCACCUCAUCUCAUCAUGAGGAUUAUGGAUUGUGCGCUCCUUCUCUUCCAGAAGAGAUUAGAUACUGUGACGGCGGACCCAGAACGGAUUUGUCCCAAACCAUCGUGGGGUGAAUCUCUCAAGCUGUUGAGUGGUUCAUCAUUCCUGUCAACGCUACAGUCAUUCCCCAAGGACUCCAUCAAUGCUGAGACGGUAGAGCUUCUCUCAGUAUACCUCAACAUGGAAGACUACACGUUUGAGACAGCCAAAAAGGUGUGUGGCAGUGUGGCCGGUCUGCUGUCUUGGACUACAGCCAUGUCCUUCUUCUUUGGUAUCAACCGUGAAGUACUGCCACUAAAGGCCAACUUAGCCAAACAAGAAGCGCGCCUGCUUGUGGCUAGUACUGAGUUGGCUGGAGCUCAGGGUCAGCUAGACGCUAAGCAGAAAGAACUGGAUGCUGUGCAGGCUAUGUAUGAUGCAGCCAUGCAAGAAAAACAGGAGCUGCUGGACAAUGCUGAGUCCUGUAGGAGGAGGAUGACAGCUGCCUCCACCCUCAUUGGGGGUUUAGCUGGGGAGAAGGUGAGAUGGACUCAGCAGAGCAAGCUCUUCAAAGCCCAGAUAGAGAGACUGGUUGGCGACGUCCUGAUGUGUACAGGGUUCCUGUCCUACUCGGGACCAUUUAAUCAGGAGUUUCGCACCAAGCUGCUCAACAACUGGCAGAAGGAGUUGUCCAACCGAAACAUUCCUUUCACCAGCAAUCUUAACCUCAUCACUAUGCUUGUUGACAAUGCCACAAUUGGUGAAUGGAAUAUCCAGGGUCUGCCUAAUGAUGAGCUGUCUGUACAGAACGGUAUUGUGACCACCAAGGCGUCACGCUAUCCACUGCUGAUAGACCCACAGGGCCAGGGCAAGACAUGGAUCAAGAACAGGGAGAAGGAACGGGACCUCCAAGUGACAUCUCUGAACCACAAAUACUUCCGCUCCCACCUUGAGGAUGCUUUGUCCCUGGGGCGCCCUCUUCUGCUGGAGGAUGCUGGGGAGGAACUUGACCCUGCACUUGACAAUGUUCUGGAGAAAAACUUCAUAAAAUCUGGAUCAACAUUCAAGGUCAAAGUAGGAGACAAAGAAUGUGAUGUGAUGAGCGAAUUCUACCUGUACAUUACAACCAAACUGCCGAACCCUGCCUACUCACCGGAGGUGAGCGCCAGGACAGCCAUCAUAGACUUCACUGUUACUAUGAAAGGUUUGGAGGACCAGCUACUAGGCCGUGUCAUCAUGACCGAGAAAAACGAACUGGAGGCUGACCGUGCCAAGCUCAUGUUAGACGUUACUGUGAACAAGAGGAAGAUGCAGGAGCUGGAGGAUAAUCUACUGUACAAACUCACCAGCACAAAGGGCUCCCUUGUGGACGAUGAGUCCCUCAUACAGGUACUGUCCAACACGAAGGUGACCGCAGCAGAGGUCAGUGAAAAGUUGACUGUGGCUGCAGAAACUGAGAUAAAGAUCAACGAAGCCAGAGAGGAGUACAGACCUGUGGCCACACGAGGUAGCAUCUUGUAUUUCCUGAUCUGUGACAUGAGCAUGGUCAACAAGAUGUACCAGACUUCCCUCAAACAGUUCCUUGGCCUGUUUGACAUCUCCAUGCAUAAGUCUGAAAAGAGCCCAGUCCCAGCCAAAAGAAUUCAUAACAUCAUAGAGUUCCUGACGUUUGAGGUGUUCCGCUACACCUGUCGUAGUCUGUAUGAGGAACACAAGUUCCUCUUCACUUUGCUAAUAACCUUCAAGAUCAACAUACAGAAGGGACAGGUCAGACCUGAGGAGUUCCAGACUUUCAUCAAAGGUGGUGCUGCCUUGGACCUGAACGCUGUGACCCCUAAACCAGCACGGUGGAUUAUGGACGUGACAUGGCUCAAUCUCGUACAGCUCAGUGGACGCCCCCAGUUCAGUGAAAUUCUUAAUCAGGUAUCUCGUAAUGAGAAAGCCUGGAAGGCAUGGUUUGACACCGAGGCUCCAGAGGAGGAACAGGUCCCAGAUGGUUAUAGUGCCUCGCUCGACUCCUUCCGCAAACUGAUGCUCAUAAGAUCAUGGUGUCCUGACAGAACAAUUCCUCAGGCCAGAAAGUUUAUAGGGGACGCGAUGGGACAGCAGUACGCUGAACCUGUUAUCCUCAACAUGGAGACGACAUGGGGCGAGAGUGACAACCGAACACCUUUGAUCUGUCUGCUGUCCAUGGGCUCCGACCCCACCAAUCAAAUAGAGGGACUCUGUAAGAAACAAAACCUAGAGUUCAGAGCUAUUUCCAUGGGGCAAGGACAGGAAGUUCAUGCCAGGAAACUUAUCAGCCUCUUCAUGCAAACUGGUGGUUUUGCCAUGCUGCAGAACUGCCAUCUUGGUCUCGACUUCAUGGAUGAGUUACUGGAGACAAUCGUGGAUACACAGCAUGUCCACGAGGACUUCCGAGUGUGGAUCACAACAGAGGUCCAUCCUGCCUUCCCCAUCAGUCUUCUACAGUGUUCCAUCAAGUUCACCAACGAACCACCACAGGGCAUCAAGGCAGGUCUGAAGCGUACGUACGCAGGCAUCACACAGGACUAUCUGGAUAUCAAUACCAUGAUGCAGUGGAAGCCCAUGUUAUUUGGGGUCUCCUUCAUCCACACCGUGGUACAGGAGAGGAGAAAGUUUGGACCACUUGGUUGGAACAUUCCUUACGAAUUCAACUCAUCUGAUUGGACAGCCAGUGUCCAAUUUGUUCAGAACCAUCUUGACGACAUAGACCCCAGAAAGGGUAUCUCGUGGAACACUGUGAGGUACAUGUUAGGAGAGGUCCAGUAUGGAGGCAGAGUUACUGACGAUUAUGACAAGCGCCUUCUCAACACAUUUGGAAGAGUGUGGUUUGGAGACUUCAUGUUCCUCGACAGUUUCCAGUUCUAUAUCGGCUACAAGAUCCCUAAAGUGAAGAGCAUUGAUGACACAAUGGCUUUCAUAGAAAACCUGCCAUUGGUGGACUCGCCGGAGGCCUUAGGUCUUCACACCAACGCUGACAUCACGUACCAGACUAACCUGAGUACUUCAGUACUGGAGACGAUGAUGAGUAUCCAACCCAAGGACAGUGGUGGGGGUGCUGGCGAGACCAGGGAGAGUAUUGUAUACAAGAUGGCCUCCGACAUGCUCAGCAAACUGCCAGGCAACUACUUACCUCAUGAGGUACGUGACCGGCUGAGACGCUAUGGACACCUGCAGCCCCUCAAUAUCUUCCUGAAGCAGGAAAUUGACCGUAUGCAGAGGGUCAUUUUUGAAGUUAGGGUCACACUGACAGAUCUGAGGCUCGCCAUAGACGGAACCAUCAUCAUGAGUGAGAACCUGCGUGAUGCCCUGGACAAUAUGUUUGAUGCACGAGUGCCUAGCCUGUGGAGGAAGAUUUCCUGGGCGUCGUCUACUCUAGGAUUCUGGUUCACAGAGUUACUGGAGAGGAACGAACAGUUCCAUGCCUGGGUGUUUGUAGGUCGGCCUGAUGUAUUCUGGAUGACUGGCUUCUUCAACCCACAAGGUUUCCUGACGGCUAUGAGACAGGAGGUGACCCGGGCACACAAAGGCUGGGCCCUCGACUCUGUCACUCUCCACAAUGAGGUCAUAAGACAGAACAAAGAGGAUAUCUCAGCAGCACCAGCAGAGGGAGUGUUUGUGUAUGGCCUUUUCCUGGACGGUGCCGCAUGGGACAGGAGGAACAGUCGUCUGUGUGAAUCCACACCCAAAGUACUGUUCACCGCCCUGCCAGUUGUCCACAUGUUCGCCAUCAACUCUACUGCAGCCAAGGACCCGCGUCUGUAUCAGUGUCCUGUCUACAAGAAACCUAACCGCACAGACCUCACCUAUAUUACAUUCAUAGUGCUGAAGACAAACCAGAACCCCGACCACUGGAUCCUCCGGGGAGUGGGCGCCCUGUGUGACAUCAAGUAGACCUAGUAACUGUCCUUACUGAUGUCACACUGACCUGCGUGACAUCAUUUGGCACUAACAUAGGGAUAAAUAUUGGUUAACAAAGAUCAAAUUUGUUAACUUUUUACAAAUGACUUUAAAAGGAGCAUGAAAAGUGCAGUAUAUUUCAGAUUAUGAACAAUGAUGAAAUUUCCCAUGACACAGAUAAUCCUUGCAG